GGUAAAUUAGAAAGUACACAUUUUUGACCGGCCAGUGUCUUGGAACCUUCACACGCACUCCUCUGCUCCUGAACCGUCAGCUCAGUUGUGUUAAAGAUGGGACACCUCACUAUUGUGGCUGUUAUAGCAGUUCUCUUCACCCUGUUUGCGGAAAUCGAAGCAAGUAAGGACCAAACUCCACUUUCACCUGAGACUGAUCCAUUUGCUUACAACUAUCAAAGGCUACGAAUUGGAGGGCUAGUCUGUGCCAGCUUGUUGUUUGCUGGAGGACUCAUGGUUUUACUUUAUACCAGGUGCACCAGGAAGAACAAAAAAGUGGAAGAUGACAACAGUGAAAUCUGAUCGGGGGCAUGACUGAUAAACCGGUUCCGGCCAGGAAGAAGAGUUGAAAGGCAAGGGGCGGAGAGAUGUGGCUGCAUGGUGGGGGGUGUUUUUGUAAGAAAACACACAGGUUCAUAUGAUUACACCUGUACAGACCUGUGCAAUACUGUUUAAGCAAGAUGUAAAAACAGUCUGUAAAUGUCCCUGUUAUGAGUAUGAUGAAAUAAAUGUGUUCUUGUUUUUCAAAUGUAUCCACUUUGCCCAAAUCUGAUAUGUAAACUGGUAUGUUUAUCCCCUAAAAGCCCAUAGACCUUCACAAUUAACACAUGCUGCUUAGUUUGGUCAAUACCAUAAUGAUGCACACGGAUAUGCGGCAUUAUUAUAAACAUAAGGUGGUGUUUAGUCAUUUUGGCCUGCUGUCGUUUGCAUGUCUUGCUGUAUAAUAAAAUAGUUAGAUAAAUCAUGUUGUAAACCAUUUUAACCUUGACAAAAUUUGAAAAAGAUUUCAGAAACAUUUGGCUUGCAUAUCAAAAUUGAAAAUAAAUUACUCCAUGCUAAACCAAA